AUGCAGCUAUUUCCUAGGCACGGUGAAACUCACUUUGCAAAUAUCAAUUACGGUCUCUAUGCCCUUGCAGCUAGUGUGGUCUACGUGCUCGUUAUCAUUGUGGUUCGAAGAGUAGUUCCGUCAAGACAGAAAACUAAUUCUAAAUGGAAGAACUACAUUAUUCGUAACUUGUACUAUACAUCACCGUUAUUGCAUCUGUCUGUUCUAACAAUUGCGCUUGCUAUCCCAUUUGUGCAUCAUUACUCGGUAAAAGAAAAUGUAUCCCUAUAUGUGAAGCGAUUGGGUCGUCUCAGCUAUGUUCUAGUUAGUUUGAACCUGUUUAUUACAAUCAGGCCCAACUUUCUCAUGCCCGGUUACCAGUAUCUGGAUCUUAUACCUUUACACAAAUGGCUUUCCCGUGGAAUUGUCGUCCUAGCUUUGGUUCAUGGAGUUGCAUUCAUUAUAAUAUGGGUUCUUAGACCAAAUGUGUCUUUGAUUGAUAAAGCUAUCAAGAAUGUUUGGAACCUUAUUGGUGUCCUUUUAAGCAUAUUAUUAGUGGCCUUAGUAGCUAUAUCACUUAAACCAAUGCGGCGUUUCAGUUAUAAUACUUUUUACGCUAUACACACUAUCGCUUCGUGGGCUAUGGUCUAUCUCACCGCAUUACAUGCUAGACCAGGUGUUUUUAUUCCUUAUACCAUAAUAAAUUCAUGCAUUUUGCUGCUACAGAUUCUAUCCAAAUGCUUCUUCACUAGGCCUGUGGACUUGGUAUCCAAGCAUAAAACACAUGAAGGUUUGUGUAGAAUUGUUCUACCCCGCAAUGCGAUGCCUGAGCACUUCAGUCCUGGGAGUCACUUGAGAAUUUCACCUUACAGAAAGUUGAAUCCACUGUACUGGCUCCUUCCUUCACAUCCUUAUACUGUGGCAUCUUUGCCGGGGGACCAGUAUGUCGAGUUAGUGGUUAGAGAGCAUAGUGGUGGGUUUGAAUUCGAGCACGGCCGUCGCUAUACCAUUCAAAAUUUUUAUCGGUCUGUCUCUGGUGACUCUUUGCAAAAGGCUAAAAGGGUUGCCCUUGUCUGUGGUGGAAGUGGUAUCUCGUAUGCGUUGCCAAUCUAUAGAUACUUUUCAAGUCUUAACGGGAAUUCCCAAUUGAAUUAUAUCAAGCUGAUAUGGCUCGUUCGUGACUUGGACGAUUUGGCGGCUGUACAAGACAUGGACCUCGCAGACAUGGAAACUUCAACCUUUGAGAUAUUUCUAACGAAGGCGGUUCCUACGGAUGAUGCUGUGGAGGGCGGUUCUGAAAUUGUCAUGCAGAACAAUGACAACUUUGAUGAUUUGGAUUUCGAAUUGGAGUCUUUUGGUGAUCAAGUGGAUCAGAAUGGGGGACUUUUAGAGGGUGCCAAGAAGGCAGAUAAGCUUGCUUCAAAGCUUGCCUCUAAUAUUCACUUGGGUAGAAGAUUGGAUUGGUUUACUGAUCUUGCACAAUUCGUUGAACCGGAAGAGCUAGAUAACACUUGGUUAUUUCUUUGUGGUCCUAUGGGACUAAUAAACGCAGGGAAGCAAUUUGGAAGAGAUAAUAAGAUUAAUGUCUCUACGGAGGUUUAUGCCUUGUGA